AUGAGUAAAGCACUAAACAAAAAUCAACAGAACUACUCAACUACUGAAAGAGAAACAUUGGCUGUAAUAACUGCGUUAGAACAUUGGCGAUGUUACCUAGACAAUGGUAAAGAAUUUACAAUAUAUACUGACCAUGCUGCACUUAAAUGGUUUCAGAACUUAUCGAAUCCAUCAGGAAGACUUGCUCGCUGGACUUUACGCUUAUCAUGCUUUAACUUUGUCCUGAAACAUAAAAAAGGAAAGGAUAACGUUGUUCCAGAUUUAUUAUCAAGACAUAAGAAUCAAGAACGUCCUGAUACACGAGAAAUUUCACCUCAAGGCGUACAUCCUAUUACGAUUGAAGAACCACCUGAUCGUAAACUUGAGCACUACAACAAGAUUUUUCUCGGAUGCUCCAACAACCCAGACGCAUAUCCCAACUACACUAUCAGGGAUAACAAACUUUACCGCUGCAUUCAUUCUCCCGAUCGUCUAAACGAUGACUUUAUUUGGAAAGAAGUUCCACUACCUCAAGAUAGACAUGCACUUAUUGAAGUUAACCAUGGUUCCCCUUCAGAACUCCAUCUUCGUAUCUUCAAGACAUUCAAGAAAAUAUCUUUAAAAUACUAUUGGCCUGGAAGACUUAAUGAAAAUUGGAAGCCAAGUUCCCAAUAUGGAGAAGGAGAUUUGAUAGCUAUAAAUAGGACGCAGUUUGGUCUAGGACUGAAGCUUAAACCAAAGUAUCUAGGACCAUAUCAAGUAUCAAAAGUUAAGCGCGAUGAUAGGUAUGAUGUGGAGAAGGUAGAUCGUGCUGCUGAAGGGCCUAAUAAAACAUCAAGUUCAGCCGACCAAAUGAAGCCUUGGCCGGACUAG